AUGAUAUUGUUCAUUCAAUCCAUUGACCUUGCGGUUUGGGAUGCCAUCAUUGACGGUUCUUCCGUGCCUCAAAGAAAUCAAAAGGAGUGGACAAGUGAAGAUAGAAAGCUUGCCCAACUCAAUUCCAAAGCCAUGCACAUCCUCUUUUGUGUUCUUGGCCCGGAUGAGUAUAGUAGAGAAUCUUCAUGCUCUAAUGCUAAGGAGAUUUCAGACAAAUUGGAGGUUACCCACGAAGGAACAAGCCAAGUGAAGAAGUCAAAGAUUAACAUUUUUACUCUCAACUAUAAGAACUUCAAGAUGAAGUCCGAUGAAGACAUCAAGACAAUGUCCGAUUAG